GGCAAGUUUAAGUGUUGGCCCACUUAAAUGUGUAUGCAUUUUGGGGUACUGUCAUUUCUCUAAUUAGUAUGGUGUCUUCCUUACCUAGGCGGAGUGUACAGACCGGUAUACCGGUAACCCGUGUAUGAUAUAGGCACUGGAAUUUUCUCCGCAUCUCCGUCUCCCUGGAUAGAUACAGUACUACAUAUAGUGAUAUAGAUAUACAGGUGCCUACGGUGGUGCUAGAAGAAAAUGGCGAUGGGAAGGAGGGAAGAAGCUGUGGAGAUAACGAAGCCCAGAACGGACAAGAGGGAGUACAAAAGAGUUGUGCUCCCGAACUCUCUGGAAGUGCUUCUCAUCAGCGAUCCCGAAACAGACAAGUGUGCUGCUUGUAUGGAUGUUGGGGUUGGUGCAUUUAGCGAUCCUAAGGGUCUUGAAGGCCUUGCCCAUUUUCUUGAGCAUAUGCUGUUUUAUGCAAGUGAGAAGUACCCCUUGGAAGAUAGUUACUCAAAGUUUAUCUCGGAACAUGGAGGCAGUACAAAUGCCUUUACCUCUUCUGAGCAAACAAACUACUACUUCGAUGUCAACAUUGACAGCUUUGAAGAGGCAUUGGACAGGUUUGCACAAUUCUUCAUCAAGCCACUGAUGUCAUCUGAUGCGACCACGAGAGAAAUUAAAGCUGUUGAUUCUGAACACCAAAAGAAUCUACUCUCUGAUGCUUGGAGAAUGAACCAGCUUCACAAACAUCUUAGUGCAGAAGAUCAUCCAUACCAGAAGUUCAGCACAGGAAGUUGGGAUACAUUGGAGGUCAGGCCGAAAGCAAAAGGACUAGAUACAAGACAUGAGCUUCUUAAAUUUUAUGCAGAUAAUUAUUCAGCUAACCUAAUGCACUUAGUCAUUUAUUCAAAGGAUAGCCUUGAUAAUGCUGAGAGGUUAGUACGGAGCAAAUUUGAAGAAAUCCCAAAUAUUGAUCGAAGUUGUAUACAUUUUACUGGUCAGCCUUGCACACCGGAAUAUCUGCAGAUUCUUGUCAAAACUGUUCCAAUCAAGCAAGGCCAUAAAUUAAGAAUUGUAUGGCCUAUAACGCCAGGAAUACAUCAUUAUAAGGAAGGGCCUAGUAGAUAUUUAGGUCACUUGAUUGGCCAUGAAGGAGAAGGAUCUUUGUUUUACACAUUGAAGAAGUUGGGUUGGGCUACUAGUUUAUCUGCCGGGGAAUCAGACUCAUCACUAGAGUUCUCAUUCUUCAUAGUAGUUAUCGAUUUGACAGAUGCUGGUCAUGACCAUUUUGAGGGCAUUGUGGGUUUGCUAUUCAAGUAUAUCCUCCUUCUGCAACAAUCUGGUCCUUGCAAAUGGAUAUUUGACGAGAUUUCAGCUAUUGGUGAAACUACUUUUCACUAUCAAGACAAGAUUCGGCCCAUUGAUUAUGUUGUCAAUGUUGCGAUGCAUAUGAAGCGCUAUCCCCCAGAAGAUUGGCUGGUAGGAUCAUCUUUGCCAUCAAACUUUGACCCGAGCAUUGUGCAGUCAUUCUUAAAUGAACUCACUCCUCUGAAUGUGAGAAUUUUCUGGGAGUCAACUAAGUUUGAGGGGCAUACUGAUAAGACUGAACCUUGGUAUGGAACUGCUUAUUCUAUGGAGAAAAUUGAUGGUUCACUGAUUCAGAAAUGGAUGGAACAAGCACCUGUUGCAGAUCUUCAUCUUCCUGCCCCCAAUGUCUUCAUUCCAACUGAUCUUUCUCUGAAGUAUGCCUUAGAAAAGACAAAACUUCCAACUCUGUUGAGAAAGUCACCAUAUUCAAGGGUGUGGUACAAGCCGGAUACAACCUUUUCUUCUCCAAAGGCAUAUGUUAUGAUAGACUUCAAUUGCCCUUACAGUGGAACCUCUCCCGAGUCAAAACUUCUCACAAAUGUUUUCACCCGCUUAUUGGUUGACUACUUGAAUGAAUAUGCAUAUCAUGCGCAGGUUGCGGGUCUACAUUACAUUAUUAACAACACAGAUAGUGGUUUCCAGGUAACCGUGUUUGGAUAUAAUCACAAGUUGAGGAUCUUAUUGGAAGCAGUUGUUGGAAAGAUUGCUCAGUUUGAAGUGAAAUCUGAUAGAUUCUAUGUGAUCAAGGAACUGGUGACUAAAGAAUAUCAGAAUCUCAAGUUCCAACAGCCUUAUCAACAGGCUAUGUAUUACUGCUCUCUGAUGCUGCAAGACCAAACAUGGCCUUGGAAUGAUGUUCUCGAACUUCUACCUCACAUUGAAGCAGAACAUCUCUUGAAGUUUUAUCCUCUGAUGCUGUCAAGGACCUUCUUAGAAUGUUAUGUUGCAGGAAAUAUUGGACCGGCUGAAGCAGAGUCAAUGAUACAGCAUGUCGAGGAUAUCUUCUACAAUGGCCCAAAGCCUAUAUCUCAGGCUCUGUUUGCAUCUCAACAUUUGACUAGCAGAGUGGUCAGGCUUAAGAGGGGGAAGAGAUACAUUUAUGCCAGAGAAGGCUUGAAUCCAAGUGAUGAAAAUUCUGCUCUCCUUCAUUACAUACAGGUGCAUCAAGAUGAGUUCCUGGAGAAUGUCAAGCUUCAGCUUUUUGUUCUAAUUGCAAAGCAACCGGUUUUUCACCAGCUUAGAUCAGUGGAACAACUCGGUUAUAUUACUGUGCUUUUGCACCGGAAUGAUUUUGGUGUUCUUGGAGUACAAUUUAUCAUUCAAUCUUCUGUGAAGGACCCUAAGCAUGUUGAGUCAAGAGUGGAGCAGUUCUUGAAGAUGUUUGAGAGUAAACUUUAUGAGAUGCCAGAUGAUGAAUUUAAGAGCAAUGCCACUGCACUUAUUAAUAUGAAGCUUGAGAAGCACAAGAAUUUACGUGAGGAGUCUCGAGUUUACUGGAAGGAAAUUUUUGAUGGGACUCUAAAAUUUGACAGGAGGGAUCAAGAGGUUGAAGCUCUCAAGGAAAUUACUAAACAAGACCUGAUUGAAUUCUUCGACAAGCACAUAAAAACCGGUGCCCCUCUGAAAAAGGCUCUCAGCAUCCGAGUGUAUGGAAGCCUGCAUUCUGAGUGCUUCAAGGCAGAUGAAAAUGAGCCAGUUGAUGAACAAAUUGAUGUUCGAGUAGAAGAAGUUUUCAGUUUCAGACGAUCUCAUGAGCUAUACGGUUCAUUUAAAGGAGGCCUUGGUUUAAUGAAAUUGUAGUCCUUACUAGUCCUUAUACCAAGAUUGAAAAUAUUGGCAAUUUUUUUACAGUAAAGAUCUAUUCCAAUUUUUGUGGACAACAAUUGGAAAUACUAUUUUUAAUUGAAUUUGUGAUAGGUAAACAUCAAAUUAUAGAGUUUAGGGAUUAUGACAACAAUAUUAUUAAAAACUAUGAAUCAAAAAGUGACU